AUGCUGGAGUCGAAGCCAGGACCACACUGGAAUCGAUUCGGUCACGUUGUUGACAUGAAGCGCGCGAACAAAAUCUUCAAUCGGCCAAGAGAGGACGCUGGGAAUGAAGAAGAGCGACGUAACAAAUGUUUGGGAACAUUCCGCGACCAUUUACUUUACUUGAACGAACAGGGGUCGACAACUGCUAACGGAAUUCUCCAAAACAUUCUGGAAGCUUGUAGGGGACACAUCGAUUACGAGCGAAUAAAACCUGAAGGACCGCGACUUCCGAAAAUCACUAAAGAGCACGGUCUUUUUGUACAGUAA